AUGGAGCUCGAAGAGGAACGCCUCACCAUCCCCAUCAAUCCCAACAAUUUCCCAGCGAAAUUGUGGCGUUUGGUGAAUAACCCCAAAAAUCGAUCGAUACGUUGGGAUCCCUGUGGUGAGGGUUUGAUAAUCGACCAGCAGCUAUUUGAAUCAGAGCUGCUGUCACCCCAGAAACAAACGUUUGACACCACUGACUUUUUCAAAACAACCAACUUUACAAGCUUCAACCGCCAGCUGAAUCUUUAUGGGUUCAGGAAGGUGGUCCAUGGCCCCGGGGCCUCGGAGAAGAAUGAUGUCUCAUCUCCGAUGGAUGGGAUAAAACACCACUUCCACAACCCGAACUUCAAACAAGAUCAUCCCGAACUGCUGGUGAAUCUUAAGAGGCUGACAAGCAAAAACAAGGCGAAGAUGGAAGCUGGCCUAGAAGUGAACUGCCGGCCCCCAGCAAAUCGUUUUCACCGACUCAUGGCAAAUGGUGAUGGUGGUGAGGAGAGAGUUAAAGUAGAUAAAAGAGGUACACUCAAAUUGUCAAUCAUACCUGUACUUUGUUCCAUGUUUGUUGGUCAGGUAAAACGACCAUCUCCUUACCAACAGUACCACCAAAGCAGAACCCAGCCCAUGAAGGACUAUGAUCGGACCCCUAUCCCACCCCGCGGCUGGAUCAUGGGUCAUGGGGAUGCCCCCUCCCCCACCACCUUCUACACAGACAAGGGAAUCCCCAUAUCUGUCAUCCACCGGUUCCCUUCAGACACUUCCUGCACUGUGCAGUCCAGUCCGACUACUGUGCACAUCCAGCAGGGUUCACAAAGCCUGGCAAACAGCUUGAUCCCUCACCAUGCUCAGUACCGACCUGGAUUCUAUUCCCCUGCAUCAGUGUGCCAAUGCUGCCCCCCAGGCUCAAUGAACUCGGACUGCCAUAGUGCCCACCAGACAACUCCCUCAUACUCCCAUUACAGCUAUUACCAGCCAAACUGUCCUGUGGGCUUUCUGUAUCCUGGCAAUCAAAACCAGGACUGGCAGAGCAGUGAAACCCAGGAGACCAAGAAGAGCGAUGUCAACCUGGACACAGUCUUCCAGCUAGUGGACGAGUUGCACCACAAUUCCCCCAAAAUACGCAUGGUCAAAGUGGAGACCCCAGAGCGCCAGCAGCCGGUCCUGUCCACCUCUACAUCAUCAGGGCCCCAGCCCAUCACCACCAUCCACAGCUCCCCUCAUACAGUCACUGUCUCCUCCCAGCUUGACUCCUCUUUUAACUCCAGCCCAGUGACUUCACGCGGGCCCAUCAUUAUAGCAGUCCCAGGGAACGUUCCUCCUCAGGGAAUAGCCAUCACUGUCGGUGGUCCCAAGGCUGAGCAGGCAGUGAAGAGGGAGGACAAACCUGUGUCUGUGGAUGCCUAUCAGAAGUGCCCUGAGGAAGCAUCAGAGUACAUCACCAAGGUGAAGGAGAUCCAGGUGCUGGACUCAGACGUCCUCAGUGUUCUACAUGAUGUUACUGUCUGCAGCCUCGGCCUGGAGAACAAGCACCAGACAGCAAACUAA